AUUUAUGAAUCAAUCGUAUAUUUGACUGAAAGGAUACGUGUUUUUGUGUAUAGCGUUUGUAAUUUGCUUUUCCUUUGAAAUGAUGGCCAAAGCGAUCACAAAGAAGCGUAAGUUUGUGUCGGACGGCGUCUUCAAAGCGGAAUUGGAUGAGUUUCUGCGCCGGGAGUUGGCUGAGGACGGGUACAGUGGUGUAGAGGUCCGCAUGAGUGCCACGAGGACUGAGAUCAUAAUACUGGCCACAAGGACGCAGUCCGUGUUGGGCGAGAAGGGCCGCCGCAUCCGUGAGCUCACGAGUGUCGUCCAGAAGAGGUUUAACUUCGAGGAGGGGGCCGUUGAGAUGUACGCCGAGAAGGUGGCGGACAGAGGUCUGUGUGCUAUCGCACAGUGCGAGUCACUCCGGUAUAAACUAAUUGGAGGUCUGGCCGUCCGGCGCGCCUGUUAUGGUGUCCUCCGAUUCAUUAUGGAGUCGCAGGCCGUGGGCUGCGAAGUCGUGGUUAGCGGGAAGUUGAGGGGACAGAGGGCUAAGAGCAUGAAGUUUGUGGACGGGCUGAUGAUCCACUCGGGACAGCCCACCAACGACUACGUGGACACCGCUGUCAGGCACGUACUCCUCAAACAGGGAGUG